UCUAGUGGUGGAGAUUGCCUGGUGCUCUCUUUGACGAUGGAAACAGUAACAGAUGGAUCAAAUCUGGAGACUCAACUUCUGUGUACUCAAAAUCAUCACGAGGAUGCAGAUGAUGAGGAAACAACAGAGCAAGGACGAGGUUGUUUGUGUUGGUUUACACCAGCAGAUGAAGCCGUGGAAGAAGCAAAGAGACAGAUAUGGCUGGCAGGGCCAUUGAUAGGAGUGAGUCUGCUUCAAUAUAGCUUGCAAGUUAUAGCUAUCAUGUUCGUUGGCCAUCUUGGAAAUCUUCCUCUUUCUGGUGCUUCCUUGGCCUCCUCUUUCUCCAACGUCACUGGUUUCAGUGUCUUGUUAGGGAUGGGAAGUGCAUUGGAGACACUAUGUGGGCAAGCUUAUGGGGCCAAACAGUACAACAUGCUAGGAAUUCACACACAAAGAGCAAUGCUUGUCCUUCUUUGCUUGUCCAUUCCCUUGUCACUAAUCUUGUACAACACCAGCAGCAUCCUCACAACGCUCGGCCAACACCGGGACAUUUCUGCGGAGGCCGGAACAUUUAACCGGUGGAUGAUUCCUAGCGUGUUUGCCUACGGUCUGCUUCAGUGCCUAAACAGGUUUCUGCAGACUCAAAACAAUGUGUUUCCAAUGCUUAUGAGUUCUGGAGCCACAACUGUUGUGCAUGUUGGGUUUUGCUGGGUUUUUGUGUUUGGAUGUGGACUAGGAGGCAAAGGAGCAGCAUUGGCAAUGUCAGUUUCAUAUUGGCUUAAUGUGAUUCUUUUGGUGGUUUAUAUCAAUUUGGCUCCAAGUUGUUCAAAGACUUGGCGUGGCUUAUCCAAACAGGCCUUCUUUAAUCUUGUCAGUUUCAUCAAGCUUGCAAUUCCUUCAGCUAUCAUGAUAUGUUUUGAGUAUUGGUCAUUCGAGAUGGUUGUUCUGCUAUCAGGUCUUCUGCCAAAUCCGCAACUAGAGACAUCCGUAUUAUCAAUCAGUCUCAAUACUUGCUGGUUGGUGUACAUGAUAUCCGUUGGUCUUGGAGGAGCAAUAAGCACAAGGGUGGCAAAUGAACUUGGGAGUGGAAACCCAGAAAGUGCAGUACUGGCAGUAAGAGUGAUGAUGACGAUGGUGAUAUGCGAGGGCAUCACAGUGGCAUUUUUAACCAUUUUGGUAAGAAAUGUUUGGGGAAAGCUUUACAGCAACCACCCUCAGGUCAUCCAUUACGUUGCCUCCAUGAUGCCUCUUCUUGCUCUCUCUGACUUCCUUGAUGGUUUCCAAUGCGUCCUUUCAGGAGCUGCAAGAGGGUGUGGGUGGCAAAAUCUGUGUGUAUUUAUAAACCUUGGAGCUUACUAUGUUGUGGGAAUUCCUUCUGCUGUCCUAUUUGCAUUCUUCCUUCAUAUUGGAGGCAUGGGGCUAUGGAUGGGAAUCAUUUGUGGACUCACUGUUCAGGGGAUUGCACUUGUUACUGUAAAUGCAUGUACUGAUUGGACUCAAGAGGCAAGGAAAGCAGAAGAUUUAACUCAGAAAUCUAGCAUAGCUGUGGAGCCGUAGGACCUUUUAAAAAAUGACAAAAACAAACCAAGAGAGAGAAGAAGAAAACAUGAUAGAUACCUCUUCCCUUUGUUUUUUUUUUUAAACUAUUUUUACAUUAGGAAUGUAUAUUAAUUUGAUUAAGUUCAUAUUACAUUAUUUGUUUCUUCAUAGCGAUCCAAGUUUUUCAUACCAUGCUUCAAAUGACUAGCCACAAUCCAAUGCGUUGUACAAGUUGGCUAUUAAUCCAAAAGACAUAAUGUUCGGAUAAUGAAA